AUGCGUCUAAGCUACGUCCUCGUGGCGAUUGCCACCACGCUCCUGGCAACCUGCAACGCUGGGAUUGCCGAGCAGUCCAAGCUCGCGAGUGCUCCUACGAGCCAUGGUAACAUCAGCAACAGAUUCCUGCGGAGCCACGAGACGAUGGAAGAGAAAGAGGAGGACCCUGCCGACGAUGAAGAGAGAUUCCUGAAAAUACCGAAGUUGGCCAGAUUCAAAGGUGACUUCGCCCCCAACAAAUUGAAAAGGAUGCUGAAGGACGAAGACUUCAAACUCAGGAUGUGGGAAAAAAGUUACCAGAAUAAGCGAAGCGUGGAGAUCGUCACGAAAAACCUGCCCGAAAAGUCUAAAGAGGACCCGCGCUACCAGAGUCUGGUCGCCGGUUGCGACGGGUACCGCGGGCUGCACCGGCCGCCGAAGUCACUACUGAAAAUCGACUAA